AUUUCGUGCUUGCCUGUGUAAGGGUUGAUAGGUGACCACUAGGAUAUUUGAAUUUUGUUUAAACCCAAGUUGUGUUUUGGUUGUAUUAUAAGGAGGGGAAGAUUUUCAUGUGGAAAAUAUAUAGUGGGGUUAAGGAGGGUUAAAGGGAAAAUAAAUUUUCUCCUACAAAAAUGGAGGUUUUGUUGACGAAAAUCCCCAGCGCAGAUGCUGCUGUCAAACAAGAAAAGAAUAUUGCUCAAUCUGUUGGCCAUCAAGAAGUUUACACUCCAGAAGUUAGGAAGAUCACUUAUAUUGGAAGAAAACUUCUCAAAAGUAGUGAUCUGAACUCAUCAUCACUCAACCAUGAGGACUUGGAAGAUAACAAAGAGGUGGAUGAACUUGAAUCCGCAAAGGCUGAGAUGGGUGAGGUGAAGGAAGAAAAUGAGAGAUUAAAGAUGAUGUUAGAGCAGAUCCAGCAGGAUUACAAGUCUCUUCAAUUACGCUUCUUUGAAAUCCUUCAACAAGGAGUUGCCAAGAAACCUACAGACUCAUCAGCUCCUUCUCAUAAUGGUGAAGCUCCAGAACCUGAACUUGUUUCUCUUUCCCUUGGAAGAAGUUCAACUGAUUCCAAAAAAGUUGAGAAAACAACCAGCUCUAGCAAAACUAAAAAUGUCCCAGAGAUCAAGGCCGGUCUAACUCUUGGAUUAGACUCUAAAUUUCAAUUGUCUACAGAGAUUGUGUCAAAUCCUAGCCCUGAAAACAGUUCAGAAGAACCAAAGGAAGAUGAUGCAGGAGAAACAUGGCCACCAAGCAAGACUGAAAAGACAACAAGAAAUGGGGAUGAGGAUCAGGUUACACAACAAAGCCACGUGAAAAGAGCUAGGGUUUCUGUGAGAGCUAGAUGUGAUGCACCAACGAUGAGUGAUGGAUGCCAUUGGAGGAAAUAUGGACAGAAAAUAUCAAAAGCAAAUCCAUGCCCGAGAGCUUACUAUCGUUGCACAGUUGCACCAGGAUGUCCAGUGAGAAAACAGGUGCAAAGGUGUUCUGAGGAUAUGUCCGUUUUAAUCACAACUUAUGAAGGGAACCACAACCACCCACUUCCAGUUUCAGCUACAGCCAUGGCUUCCACCACCUCAGCAGGUGCGUCCAUGCUAUUAUCUGGCUCUUCAAUAUCUCAGCGGCCAGGCCUCAGUUCCACAGCCACAAGUACUCUUACAACUGAACUCAAUGGAUUAAGCUUCAGCCUCCAUGAUAAUUCAAGAGCAGGACGGUUCUACUUAUCAAACUUUACCUCACCUUUGUUCCCAACAAUUACGCUAGACCUCACCGCCUCUCCUUCCUGUUCAUCUAAUUAUUUCAACGGGUUCUCUACAAACUUCCCUACAACAGCAAGAUUUCCUUCAACAAAUCUCAACUUUUCUUCAUCAGAAUCCAACAUUUUACCUACAGUUUGGGGCAACGGCUACCCUGCUUACGGUGCAACACCCUAUAACCAAACUCACUCUGGGAACCUAAACCUUGGAAAUCAGCAAUGUCUAGCUUCUCAAAAGUCAUUGACAGAAACCUUAACCAAGGCAAUCACAUCAGACGCAAGUUUCCUAUCAGUAAUAGCUGAUGCCAUUUCAUCAAUGGUUGGUAGCAGUGCAAAACCUGGAGACCAAACCGAUCGAACAGUUGAAAGUUUUGGUCAGAGUUUGAUGCAGGCCAUUUCUCAAAAUUUAUUGACACAGAAUGGGAAGGAAUCAUCAUCUGCACCAAGCUACUUUCAAGGAUUGACAUCUUUAAGUGCUCAAACAGGGAGUUCACUUCAGUCCUCAUUGACUUUUCCAAUUUUCAACAGUGCCUCAACACCGGCUUCUGAUGAUAAAGAACGCAGGAAUUAAUUUAUGGAAAAAAAGAUUUGGUCCUUUGAGAUUGUUAUACAAUACGUAGUGUUUUGCCAACAAGAAUCAAUUAUGAAUAUUCUUAAGUGUUAAAUCUUUUCAUUUCUUGUUUUCGAGGUUUAUAUACAUAGUUUAUUUGAAAGGAGAAGUUGUUGAUGUUGGUUUUACAGAG